ACAUAUAUUUACCACAACUGACGACUGGACUGAGCAAAAGUACGGUGUGAAAAAGCCGCAUUCCAAAAGAGCAACUGCAUUACUCCAGGCCCGAGUUCAUCAUGAAACAAUCCCUCGCUCAAUCGAGGAUGAAUUCAAGGAAUUGAAAUAUUGAAUCAGAGGCCCGGUCAAAUGGGGCCUGGAAAGUAAGCGAAUUAUGUCUAUACUGCAGCCACUUUUGCGCAAGAAGGUACCAACGAUGGUUUGAACUGAAUUGAAUUAUGGGGUAUUACGUGCCAAAACCGCUAUUCGUUAAUGAGGCACGCCGUGGUGAGGGACUCCGGAUUGAUUUUGACCAUCUGGGAAUCUUUAAUGUAAAGGUCAAUGCGCGGGAUACUGGCGUUUUUUUUUUUUUUUUUUUUUUGCAUUGCGCCUUCAGCGAAAUGCGGCCGCCGAUUCCGCGACCUCGUGCAUAGCAGCGCAACGCCAUAGCCGCUAAGCCAUAGCGGCGAGUACCACCGAUGGUAGUUGAUUAGUAGGUGGUUGAUUGAUCAAUAUAAAGAAAAAAAGAAGUGGCACGACGCAACCUCUUCUUCGGAUGAAUCUAUCCGCGCAAAUAAUACACCAGGCACGCGUCCCGCACAGCCGGCAAGAUAAGGAACAAACGAGAUUUCGCAAAAAAAGAGACAAUUUCGAAACGACGCCCCGCGAUUCUCGAAUGCUUCCGCAGAUCCUUUACCGCUGUUUCGAGUCUCUUACAAGGUAAGCUUCGUAACAACUCCGCCGGGAGCACCGACAAAACACGAUUUCUUCACUUUGGUAUCUUUCUCGACUUGGUUCUCUCUGUGCAGUGAAAUCGUUAAGACCGAGUGCCACCGUCACCCAUUGCGUGAGCCGGGACGCGUGGAGCGCAUUUGUUCCUCUUCUUUUUCGCCGAUCGCCGCAAAGCGCGGGUUCAUUUCACCGCGCGAUAACGGAAUUGAGGGAUGUUUUGAGAGUGACGCGCUCUCGGUGCGGGCAGCAGCACAAGGACAGCAGCGAGAGCGAUCACCCUCUCGGAGACCCUCUCGCCUUUCUUGCUGCCGUCGAACGCUGUGGCCUUGAAGACGGGGCCUAAACUGAUCGCAGCCGCAGAUCGGCCGCGCAGCAACGGCGGGGCGUCUCCACCUGCGCGAGAACCUCACGAGAAAGUUUAUCCAGUCCAUCCAGACUGAGGGGAAAAAGAGAAAGAACGAACGAAAGGAGGUGGAAAGAAACGAUACUACUUUCUUUUUUUUUUUUUUUCAUUCAUUCAUUCCUUUCUUUCUCUUCUUUUUCUCUCUUCGAUUGGCUCGCAAUGCGGCUUCUAACCGGAACCUGAUUGGUUGGCAAGUGACUCGAGAUGUGGCGUAGCGCGGACGGCUGGGGUGACGAAGCCCGACUGUAGCCGCACACGUGUUCGAAGCCAGCGGCAGGUCGGCGAGGCUACGGGCGGCACCUCUUCGACACCGACACUACCGUUUGGCGUUCGGAUACACCACUAUCGAAAUGCUGCCAUUGCUUCUCAUUGCUGUCCUCGUUUCGGCAUCUUCGGCCACCACGGUGGACGAGGUGAACGACUACGUGGACGUGGUCCUCAGCGAACUGGGGCAACAGAUCCAGACGCCGUACAGGCCCAAGGACAGCUACAACAAGACGGUGGCCGGCAGGCCCGAGAUCUGGGCCUACUUCGGCGACAUCUUCAUCACCGGCUACAACAAGCUGGAGCGCGACGGCAACUGCGCGCACGAGGAGCACGCGCUGGCCACCGGCAUCACGAUCCGCUGCAACCUGACCACCAAGGAGCUGCGCGUCGACGUCGCGGGCACGCUCAAGCACUCGACGUACCCGCCCAGGAACGUGCGCGCCACCGGGGUGUUUCUCAACCCGCACCUGCUCAUGAAGAUCGCCGUGGAACCCUGGAAGGAGAUGAACGUCACGCUACGGCUCCGGCUCACGGUGCCCCAGGUCAAGGUCGUCAACCUGGGCGAGGAGUUCAAGUUCAACAGCAUACGGCUCGGCUACAGGGACGAGAUCAUCUCCAUCAUCAGGAGCACGACGCCAGAUCUCGAGCAGGACAUGAAGAAGGCGGCCGACAGCGAAAUCAUCCCGUACAAGAGGAAAUGAACGCGAGCCGCCACCCACUCAUUCUACUGUUUCCAACAGCGUUGUGCCCAUUCACACGUGCCUUUAUUUACACUGCAGUCACACAGUCAUCGCACGUUCUCGAGCGCCUCGAGACUCGAGCCGGAGGGAGCUCGCCAAGUCGUGGCGCCUGUUGGCUGCAGCACCGAAACCCUGUGCUUUGGAGUGUGCAUGUCUUGCAUUGAGAAUUACAGCGGUGAGCUCGGAAUGGGCAUAGGUCCCUGCGAAGAACAGGCCAGGACGGGGAUUGCGCAGUGGCUCACGCCUCUCUGCCUCCGCCUCGAGAACUCACGAGUGUGUGCAUCUCGACAAAUGUUUCACGCACGAGUGUCAGUGGCGAGUGUUGUGACAAGUACGUGCCUAAUGUGCAAGCAGCACAGCGUUCGCCCUCAACUGCGAUCGCGAGCUUCUGUGCAGCAUGAUGCGCGAACUUUGUUUGCACGUCUAAAUAAAGAAAUGCCCGUUCGCGAGUUAAGGCUUCUGCGCAGCGAUAUUCGCUGCAUGAACUGCAGUCGUCACACUAUGAUGUAGUAAUAUUGUAAGCAGUCCCAUGCUUCUUAACUGGUGCUGUGAAUAAUUGUGAAGCCAUCUUGUAAAAUUCUUCUGGAAGGGCCUUUUCUAAACGUUUCUUUGAAUCCGCUACGAAGGAUUUUCCUCUAAGUGGUACCAAUAAAAAAAUACAACAGAUCAA